CUUACUGACGACGUCAGUAUCCUUUUGCAGAGCGCUGAAUUCUUGCGUGCAGACAGAGGAAGUUACUGCAAGACAACAUUGCAACAUACCUGCUGCUGCUAUCUCCACGAUGAAGAUGGGCCCUCCACUUCGAUACCGCUCCUUGCGUGUCUUCUUGAAUGACGACCGCCAUGUCAUGGCCAAGCAUUCGGCCAUCUACCCAACUCAGGAGGAACUGGAGAAUGUGCAAAACAUGGUGUCCCACACAGAACGAGCCCUCAAGGCCGUCUCAGACUGGCUUGAUAAACAAGAGAAGUCUGACUCUGAUGGCUCAGACGCAGAUAAAGAGAGUGAACAGAAAGAUCAAGCCACACGUACCCUUCGUGGUGUGAUGAGGGUGGGCCUGGUGGCAAAGGGCCUGCUAUUGAAGGGAGAUCUGGACCUUGCACUCGUGCUCCUGUGCAAGGACAAGCCAACCAUCACUUUGUUGAAGAAGGUGUCCGACAACCUCGUUACACAGCUUAAGCUCGUCACAGAAGACAAGUACGUUGUAAGCCAGCACAUCCGGGAGGCCAGUAUCGCCAUCAAGAGCACAAAGGAGCCCCCUUUGACCCUCACUAUUCACCUGACUUCCCCCAUGGUUCGUAAGGAGAUGGAGAUGGCCGCUGCUGGCGAAACGCUAUCAGUCAACGAUCCCCCGGAUGCUCUGGACAGGCAGAAAUGCCUAACUGCCUUGGCGUCUCUCCGCCACGCUAAGUGGUUCCAGGCCAGAGCCAACGGACUGCGCUCCUGUGUAAUUGUCAUUCGGGUUCUAAGGGAUUUGUGUGCCCGUGUCCCCACAUGGACUCCUCUUUGUGGCUGGCCUCUGGAGCUGAUUUGUGAGAAAGCCAUUGGCACAGGAAACCGCCCCAUGAUGGCAGGAGAAGCACUGCGCAGAGUUCUGGAAUGUCUUGCUUCAGGAAUCCUGAUGCCAGAUGGAGCUGGAAUCUGCGAUCCAUGUGAGAAGGACCCCACAGACGCUAUUAGUCAUUUAGACUUCCAGCAGAGAGAAGACAUCACUUUGAGUGCACAACAUGCCUUAAGGCUCUCAGCAUUUGGACAGCUUCACAAAGUGCUUGGAAUGGAUCCGCUUCCCUCUAAGAUACCCAAGAAAACUCCUGGACCUCCAAUUGAUUAUAUCGUGCAAAUCCCGCCCAGCACAGCAUAUGCGCCACCAAUGAAACGGCCCAUAGAGGAAGAGGAGGGAAUUGAAGACAAGUCUCCCAAUAAGAAGAAGAAAAAACUACAGAAGAAAUCUGCAGAGGAUAAGCCUGAUCCUCCCCAGUCUAUGAACGCUUUGAUGCGGCUCAACCAGCUGAAGCCGGGUCUGCAAUACAAGCUGAUAUCCCAGACGGGACCGGUUCAUGUUCCUGUCUUCACUAUGUCGGUAGAAGUUGAUGGCAAGACCUUCACGGCUUCCGGUCCGUCCAAACGGACCGCCAAGCUGCAUGUAGCUGUGAAGGCCUUGCAAGACAUGGGUUUGCCCACAGGAGUGGAAGCAAAAACUCCAGAGCCCAUAAAACCGGAAGAAACCCCAGUACCCUUGGAGGAUGUGAAGCCUGUGAUAACAACCACUGAAGCUGCUCCAGCGGCCACAGGACCAGCCGUCACCGACAACACCGAUGCUGCAGAGACCACCCGCCAACAGGGACCGAUUCUGACCAAACACGGCAAGAACCCCGUGAUGGAACUGAACGAGAAGCGGCGUGGCCUGAAGUACGAACUUACCUCAGAGACCGGUGGCAGCCAUGAUAAACGCUUUGUCAUGGAAGUGGAGAUUGAUGGGCAGAAGUUCCAGGGGACAGGAUCUAACAAGAAGGUGGCCAAGGCGUAUGCAGCACUGGCUGCUUUGGAUCGGCUCUUUCCAGAGGGUUCUGCGACUGAAGCGACUAAAAAGAAAAAGGGAUCACUCCCAAACAAUGAAGGCUUUGGCAUGAUGGGACCUCCUGGCGAUGCGACUAUGCCCAGGGGAAGAGGGAGAGGAGGGCGAGGUCGUGGAAGAGGCAGGGGAUUCAAUAACGGAGGAGGCUUUGGCACGUACGGUUAUGGAAACAGCUCCAUGUCUGGAUACAAUUACUACAACAAUGGUGGCGCAAACGGAGGAGGCGGGCCAUCGGGUGGCCCUGCAGGUGGUUCUGCAGCCAGCACAGGACAAGCAUCAACACAAAGCUCAUAUGGCUCGUACUACGAGAGUGACGGAGCCUACAAUGCCGCAGGGGCUGCAAAAAUCCCCAAAAAGAAACCCCCCACACGGGGAGGAAAGCCAUCUUUUCAAAGUCCUUCAGGUGCGGGCGGUGGUGCUGCAGGAAGCUACCAGGCCAGCAACCCUUCCGGACAGGGCUCCUAUAACCAGUAUGGCCAAGGCUAUGGACAGGGAAAGAAGAAUUUCAACCAGGGUGGUGCAGGGGCAUACCCUUAUAGCACUGCCUACCCCAGCCAGGUGACGGGGGGUACUGGAGGAAACCAGGAGUACAAUUAUGAUGGUUUCAACAGCCAAUCCAAUUACAACACGCAAGGAGGCGGUGGUGAAAACCAAGGUUUUGGCACCAGCCAUUCUCAGUACCACAGUCCUGCAAGCUACGGCAAGGCAGACACCAGCGGAACUUACCAGUAUAGAUAGACUCAGUUUGCUCGUGUGAAUCCUCACCUCUAAAUCCCCCCCUCCAAAAAUAAUCCUUCUGUGCUCUCCCUACCUUCCUACAUGUUUGCUGUUGAUGUGCGUUUUUGGUCCUGUGCUGCACAUCACCAGAAGAUGUCCGACUGAGUUGUAGUUACAUUUGGUGAUCUGCUUAAGAGAUUUGAUGUGCUCAGUCCUGUCUUUUUAGUUCUAGUUUUGUCUUGUACUCUAUUUAUACAAACCACUGAGUAUGAAAUCUGGUGCGACAGGUCUUGUGUAGCACAAUUUUUUUAACAAGUUGCAUGGCAACUGUAAUGUUUAUCUCUGCUUGUAAUGACCCAAGGCUUGUAGAUAUUCUCUUGGCUUUUAGUUUUGAGUUUUUUUGCUUUUAUUUCCAUAUUGUGGUUUGAUGCCAUAAUUUACUAAUGAUGCAGAGGCUACCGGAAAUGCAUAAUUGCUAAUGUUUAAUCCAUAUUAAUGGUCUAAUCAGCUUUUGAUUUUGUGGAUGUAUUUUUUUCCCCUCUGUGUAUGUAACAAUAUGUGUUUGUAUUGAUAAAAAUUAUUUUGAAUUUA